GCUGCUCCGGGUCCCGAUACAAGAUGGCGGCGGAGGGGAGGGCGCGGCGGAGGCGGGACGUUAGCAGGAAGCGGAGCGCUCUCCGGUGCCCCCAGCCCCUGACCUCACACGCAGCGCCCGCCGCGGGCCAGGCGCGCCCCCGCCCGCUGUGAAGAUGCGGCCGCAGCCCCGCGCAGCGCACGGCGUGGCUGGAGAGGAGAGCGAGGCCCGCGACCCAACCCGCAAUUUGCAUGUGCUGAGAAAUGGCCAAUGAGAAUCACGGCAGCCCCGGGGAGGAAGCUUCUCUGAUGAGUCACUCACCUGGUACCUCUAACCAGAACCAGCCCAGCUCCCCGAAACCCAUCCGACUGGUGCAGGACCUGCCAGAUGAGCUGGUGCAGGCUGGCUGGGAGAAGUGCUGGAGCAAACGGGAGAAUCGCCCUUACUACUUCAACCGUUUCACCAACCAGUCACUGUGGGAGAUGCCUGUCCUGGGACAGCACGAUGUCAUUUCGGAUCCUCUGGGAUUGAAUGCUGCUCCAAUGCCUGCGGAAGGAGGAGUGUUGGAAACCACUCCGGAGAGCAAGCCAAGGAAGAGGAGACUCUCUGAGGAAGUUCAGCCCAGUGGUAACAGCGUGAAGAAAGCUAAGGUGGAUGUUCCAGGGACCCCUACUGCCCAGCCAGUCCCCAGUUCUCCCAGUAUUCCAGGAACCCCUAUUUUAAAGUUGUGUGGUAUUACACCCGAAGAUAAACAACAGGCAGCUCUUUUACGACCAACUGAAGUAUACUGGGACCUGGAUAUCCAAACAAAUGCAGUGAUUAAGCAGAGGGCACCCUCUGAAGUGCUGCCUCUGCACCCCGAGGUGGAGCUGCUUCGAUCCCAGCUCAUACUGAAGCUGCGGCAGCAUUACCGGGAGCUCUGCCAGCAGCGAGAGGGGAUUGACCCUCCACGGGAAUCAUUUAAUCGCUGGAUGUUGGAGCGGAAGGUAGUGGAUAAAGGGACAGACCCUCUGUUACCAAGCAACUGUGAGCCAGUAGUCUCUCCUUCCAUGUUCAGAGAAAUCAUGAAUGACAUUCCCAUCAGAUUAUCCCGAAUCAAGUUCCGUGAGGAAGCCAAGCGACUGCUAUUCAAAUAUGCCGAGGCUGCGAAACGGCUUAUUGAAUCCAGGAGUGCAUCACCAGACAGUAGGAAAGUUGUGAAAUGGAAUGUGGAGGACACCUUCAGCUGGCUGCGACGGGACCAUUCAGCCUCUAAGGAGGACUACAUGGACCGCCUAGAGCACUUACGUAAGCAAUGUGGGCCCCAUGUGUCUGCUGCAGCCAAGGACUCUGUUGAAGGCAUCUGCAGUAAGAUUUACCACAUAUCGCUCGAGUAUGUCAAGCGGAUCCGGGAAAAGCAUCUUGCCAUCCUCAAGGAGCACAAUAUAUCUGCCGAGGUAGAAGCACCAGAGGUCCAGGACCGGCUUGUAUACUGUUACCCAGUGAGACUGGCCAUCCCUUCCCCACCAGUCCCCAAUGUAGAAAUGCACGUGGAGAACAAUGUGGCAUGUGUUCGGUACAAGGGGGAGAUGGUGAAAGUGAGCCGCAACUACUUCAGCAAGCUGUGGCUUCUCUAUCGGUACAGUUGCAUUGACGACUCUGGCUGUGAGAGGUUUCUGCCCAGGGUUUGGUGCCUUCUCCGUAGAUAUCAGAUGAUGUUUGGUGUUGGUCUGUAUGAAGGAACUGGCCUGCAGGGGGCACUCCCGGUGCAUGUCUUUGAAGCCCUCCACAAGCUCUUUGGAGUGAGUUUUGAAUGCUUUGCCUCGCCCCUGAACUGCUAUUUUAAACAAUACUGUUCGGCCUUCCUGGACACAGAUGGGUAUUUUGGAUCCAGGGGCCCAUUCCUGGAUUUCUUCCCCAUAAGUGGCUCUUUUGAGGCAAAUCCUCCAUUCUGUGAGGAACUGAUGGAUGCCAUGGUCUCUCACUUUGAGAAACUGCUGGAGAGCUCCAAUGAGCCCCUCUCCUUCAUUGUCUUCAUCCCUGAGUGGAGGGACCCUCCGACACCAGCCCUGACCCGCAUGGAGCAAAGCAAGUUCAAGCGGCACCAGCUCAUCCUGCCAGCCUUCGAUCAUGAAUACCGCAGCGGGUCUCAGCAUAUCUGCAAAAAAGAGGAGAUGUACUACAAAGCCGUGCACAACACUGCUAUCAUCUUCCUACAAAACAACGCAGGCUUCACCAAGUGGGAGCCCACGCCAGAGCGGCUGCAGGAGCUCGUCACAGCCUAUAAGCACUCGGGACGGACCCUCAGUUCCACGGGUUCCUCCUCCACCUCCUCUUCCUCCUCCACUUCUUCCUCGACAGCAGAUAAAGAUCGGGAGACGGGCGGAGAGCAAAGCACCAGCCGGGAGACCAAUGCCAAUUAAUCUGCAGAGGGCAGUGUGCGGGGACAGACAGCAGGGGGCGAAGGUAACAGUGCUCCAGAGGAGGGGAGGUUUGAUGUGGCAGGUGGAGAGACUGCUGGCUGUGUAGUGCCAGGCCUGGGGGACUCUCUUCAGGCAGCUCCACACUGCUUGCUUUCCUCUGUAAACCUGCAAGGCCACUUUCCUCACCAGAGUCGAGGGAGAUUCCCUCGCCUUAUGCCCCGUGGGAAGAAGAUCGGCUGCUGCCCUAGACGAGGGGCAAAGAAGCCAAACGUCGCAGCCAUAGGAAGAGUCUGCAGCCCCUUCAAACACUAAAGCUCUGAGGAAGAGGCAGCUGGAGCUGGGACGGCUGCACGGAUGAAGGACGGACGGACGGACGGACUGACAGACAGAGCUGUGGCCUAGAAGAUCCCUGGCAGCUGGCUGAAGCCUGUCUUUUCCAAGAGAAAAGCCGGCAGAGGCCAGAGGCUCUUCCUGCUGGCCGGGCACAUAACCCAGCUUCGUGUCCGUAGUGUAAAUAGUUCUGUCCGUGGCGACCGUGCUCCCUGCAGGGUUUGUUUCCGUAGCAUCCAUGUUUCCUUUCCACAUGUGCGAGUUCCGUGUUUGCCGAAGCUGUUUACCGUAUACAAGAAAAGCAGAGAAAAGGAAUUUCUUUUUGUGUGUAAAAACGUCUUUGCAGCUGUUUUGUAGUCGUUGUGGUUUUUACCCAGAGCCCUCUGGGCUUUAUUUAACCUCCUUGGGUUUUGUUUUUUAAGGAUUAAUUUAACACCACUAACCGUUUUAUUACUUUUAUCAAAGAAAGCAAAGUAAAGUCUAUUUUUGAUUUUUGUUUCCUAGUUCUUAGGGACAUUAAAAACCAGCAUUACAGCUCCCCUUGGUGUCGGUGCUAUUCCUCAUCUGUGGGGCCGGGGACUGUCUGUGGGAGGCAGGGCCUGCCCUGCCCGCCCUCAGAUUCACUGCCUUCUCCUGUGCCCCUGGACUGGGUGAACUCUAGGAAAAUGAUCAUUUCUUACGGAAUUACACUUUGAAUCUGUUUAUCUGUAGGGUUUGUGGGUUGAGUUGGGCAGAGUUGUGUGCAGCAUUGCUAAAACACAGUAUAUCCAAAAUGUCUGGGAGUUAAAUAAAACUGGUCCAACGAUAAAUAGCAGAGACUGAGGCAUAGGCAAGGGAAAAGAGACCAUUUUGCUGAGAUUUAAAAUGGCACGUCAGUGAGAGGGAGAGAUGGUAGGCACUCUAAUACAUCGGCCAUAGGCUCCUUAGAGCCACGCCAGAGAGGGGCUUUCACUCCAGUAGUAGAAAGAAUGUUUCAGAGGACAUGGAGGGGGGAGGUAUCAGCGUUCUGUUAGUGAAGUCAAGAGUAGGGAAAAUUUGAACUGGCUCUUAGAAUAACGGGGGAAUCAGCUAAUGGUGCUGAGGAUUGUGGGUGACAUGAGCUCACUUCUUUGUAUUUGAGGAGAAAGGGGCAGAAGCACUCUGCAUAUGCUGGAAUCUGAGGUACUGGGACUUACAGAGGUCUUGGAAGAGGAAAUUGCUAUAGUUCAGGCAAGAGGAGGAGAGGCCUGAUACAGUGUAGUUGAGACCAUUGUGAAUGAGAUCAUGUUCAGCCAGGGUGCAAAUGUAGGUGAAGAUGAUGUCAGGACUGGAGACAGUGAUGGCAGCCAGAGACACAUGAGAGGGUGGAGCUUGGCUUGGGGAGGCACCUGCCCAAGAGCAGCUUUUUGGGGUUUGGGACAUUUAACUGAAAUGAUAUAAAGCCACAGAUAUGUUGGUCAGAGAGGCCUAGAGGGCAGUCCGGGAGGAUUUAUAGAUUGGUGGGGCCAUUGUGUUUAUCUGAUUUGAUUUUCUGUAUAAUCCUGCCUUUUCCUGCAUUAAACCCAUAACGGCUGGCUCA